UUAUAUCAGUUUCCCGGAAUCCCACACGUAGUGCAGUUGAAAAAUAAAUCUUUCGCGCCUUGUUUAUUCGGACGGCUUAUUUGAGUUGAGUGAAGUGUGUGAAAAAAAUUCCACUAGACGUUAACGUAAAUGUAUUUUCGCUGGAAGACCGAGGAGCGCGCGCCUGUGAACAACACUGCGCGUUUUGUAAAACUCGGCGCAGUAACGAAGCUUGUUAGUGCACUUUAGUAAGAAGAUUGUCUGCAGGAGCGAAGACACCUUCACAACGAGAGCACAAAUGGAACUAAUGAGUUCCCUGUUGUUCUGCGCGCUAGUCGCACACUUGCCGCAAGCGUUAGGUAUGAUCCCUGACACAAGAGUUCGAAAUACAGAUUUGGAUAUAAAAUUCAACAACUCAAUGAUGAUUCAUCAAAAGCCGAUGCAAAAGAAGAUACUACUAAACAUCAACGGACCACCGCUAGUGAACAUGGUGACCGACCUGCAAAUAGUGUUCAUGGACGUCAACUGUAGAAAAUGUAUCGACUGCAUGGAACGAGCCAUCAAAGCGUACACAUCACACUAUCACAUCGUGAAAACCCGACCACAAUACGACGAACUACACGAAGAAGUAUUAAAAAAACGAAUAUUGCAGGCUGACCGAAAGAAAAGAGAAACACAGUCUACAACAGAAAAAUAUAGCACUAAAAUAAAAAGGAGUAAAACCAAAAAGACGAAGGCAGUGUCAGUAACUAAAUUCAACGUGGACGGAGAAGUGUAUGCCCUAAAAAUAAAAGAAACGAAUACACAAGUAAGCCCAGAUCAACAAAACGACACUCAAGUGUCUUGCCAAGUCUACAUCGUUAAGAAAUCUUUCCCUUGCGAUGCGCCAGACGCCGAAACAUUUUUGAUGGUUGCAAAGAGGAAGGUAAAUAAGAAAAACAAGAGAGACAAGGAAAGAAAUAAGGCUGCAGCAAGUACUACAGAAAGCCCACAUUUCAUGGCACCGGCCUUUAGAAAAAGACAAGUGGACAAUUCACAAGUGCCAGAGAAUUUCAUGCCCUCUAUAGAGGAAUUUUAUUAAUUUUAUUGCCUUAGAUUAAGGUUUUGUUACUGAUAUUUUUGUUUAUAAUUUUUGUAAUUAAAUGUAUAAGACAAUCAAUGAAUAUUUUGUGUCACUUAUGUCAUAUUUCGAUUUUCAGCUUCUCGCAUCCAGCUCCUGCCAGCCGUCUUGCGCAAGUCAUCACUCGAAAAUCGAUCUCAGUGGCGUGCACUUGGAGAGGCCUAUGUCCAGCAGUGGACUGCGAUAGGCUGAUGAUGAUGAUGAUGAUGUCAUAUUUUCUUAGCUCAAUAAGUAUUGUUAUUAAAAUCUAGUCACUAUAAUAUUUUUUCAUUUUAUCAGGGUUUGUUUUUUUUUUUGGAUAAUGGAACAAAACGAAGACACAUAAAAUGAAGUAGUAAUUUGCACGUAAUAUUAUUGAAAAUAUUUAAGAACAUAAUUUCAGAAUAGAAA